UGUGGGAAUCCGCCCCGUGACUGAAGGCUUGGUGUAAUUUUAGUCAUAAGAAUGCACGUGACAGGUACACAUGGCCACUGUGUUUGACAGGGUAUUACGAUAUUCACUAUCCUCACUAUGUGAAUCCUAAUUUCACAAGGAAACCGUAAGAGGACAUACAAUCUCAUCCUUUGUGUCAAGUGCAGAAAGUCAAGAUGGCUGACAUUGAAGCACCAAAGAUGUCCUUUGUGUCCCGCCUCUCGUAUGGAGUGGGUCACGUUUUAAAUGACCUGACAGCCUCAAUGUGGUUUAGCUACCUACUUAUCUACCUCCACCAAGUGAAGAACUUCAACAAUAAGUUGGCAGGGGACUUGAUGUUGAUUGGUCAGGUCAGCGAUGCACUUGCCACGCCUUUCAUAGGCUAUGAAUCAGAUAGAACAAAAGGAAUCUGCAAAAUGGGGAAGAGGAAAUCCUGGCACUUAGUUGGUACUCUGUGUGUGGCUUGCAGUUUCCCCUUCCUGUUUAUUGGAUGCAUCACCUGUAACCAUGCUCCGGACUGGGCCCAGUUUGUAUAUUUUGUCCCCUUCGUGGUCAUCUUCCAGUUUGGGUGGGCAUCGACACAAAUCUCUCAUCUCUCACUCAUCCCUGAUCUAACACCGAAUGAAAGUGAAAGAGUGGGACUGAAUGGGUUACGGUAUGCCUUCACUGUCUUGUCCAACCUGGCUGUGUUCGGCAUCGCCUGGCUGCUGCUGGCUCUCGGCUCCAAUUCAGACACAACCCAACUAUCAGAUAAGGAUGCACCAAAAUUUCGGGAUCUAGCAUUUAUUGUGAUUGGUACUGGACUGGUGUUCAGCUUUCUUUUCCACAUUGGAACCAAAGAGAAACGUACAGAGAACUUGGACCCGGAGUUCUCCCAUGGUCGAGAUGCCCUCGACACCACCACCUCUGGAUCCUUACAGAGGUCAUCAAAAUGUAACAGAAUGAGCACCACAGACUGGUUGAAAGAACCCCAGUUUUUUCAGGUUGGAGUAUUAUACAUGUGUACAAGAUUAUAUGUGAACCUGUCACAGGUGUAUCUACCUAUGUACCUGGUGGAGACACUGUCCCUAGAUAAGACCAAUAUUGCCAUCGUACCUUUGGUUGUGUAUGUGACUGGGUUUUUCACUUCGCUUGUUAUGAAGCCAGUCAACCAUCUAGUUGGGAGGAAGGUUACCUACAUCAUUGGGAUUGUGUUUGCUGUGGGGUCGUGUGUGUGGAUCCACUUUAUAACCAGCGCCAGUGCCAUGCAGGUGUUUGGGGUCGCUGUACUCAUGGGAGUUGGAGGAACCACCAUGCUGAUUACCUCCCUUGCAAUGACCGCUGACCUCAUUGGUAACAACACUGAGAGUGGAGCAUUUGUGUAUGGUGCUAUGAGUUUUACUGACAAGCUGUCCAAUGGGAUCGCCAUAGAGAUUAUACAGCUGUUGCAUCCUUGUGUUUUCCAUGCACCAUGUAUGCUAACCGUGGACUGCUGUCCACUCUGUCUACCCUUCUACCGCUUGGUCCAGUCUGUGGUGCCAGGAUCCUGUGCCAUUCUAGGAUUUGUGGUGUUGCUGACUCUUCUACCCCAGAAACUUGGCGCCAGGUGGAGAGAUAAAGUGGAGCUAACAGUGGACCCACUUUUUCAAAAUGGAUCCCUUCCUGCUGUUUGUGAUGACGACUGUGAUGAGAAGUCCCCUCUUCUCAAGAAGAACAUCAAUACAUCUCCAGUAGUAAGGGAGAGACUAUCAUCCAACUCUCCACAAAUAACCGCCAUACUUCACACUUCCAUGAAUAGUCCACCUGUAGAUGUGGAAGCCAUUAAGUAGAAGUUGCUGUUCCAGGUCAUACACUGCUGUGCCAACACAUAUGUCUCCUGUGUAAGCCUACACAAUUUCGUCAGUGCUGAGUUGAUAGCUUUCAAGGAACACCACAUUAACAUGUUCAUUCUUCGUCACAGGAUCUCUUUGAGCCAUACAACAUCCCAUCACUUUAUGUAAGGAAAACAGUUCUUUGUUUUAUGCACAAGUGAACCUGUGACCUCCUGAGGACAACUCGUUUUCAUACAAGUAAACCUGUGACUUCUUGAAGGGGGAACAACUCUCGUUGUACAAACAAGUAAACCUGUGACUUCUUGAAGGGGGAACAACUUCGGUUGACAAACAAGUAAACCUGUGACUUCUUGAAGGGGGAACAACUCUCGUUUUCAUACAAGUAAACCCAAGGCUUCUUGAAGGGGGAACAACUCUCGUUGUACAAACAAGUAAACCUGUGACUUCUUGAAGGGGGAACAACUCUCGUUGUACAAACAAGUAAACCUGUGACUUCUUGAAGGGGGAACAACUCUCGUUGUACAAACAAGUAAACCCAAGGCUUCUUGAAGGGGGAACAACUCUCGGUCUACAAACAAGUAAACCUGUGACUUCUUGAAGGGGAAACAACUCUUGAUUUACAGACAGGCGAACCCGUGGCUUCAUGUAGGGGAGACAACUUCAUAAAUGUGCAAUGCAUUGUAUAAUAGUGGGAAACAUUCUGAAAGGCAGCUUUUAGAUGUACAUACUACCACAGUAUGUUGUGAGAGCCUUGCUAAAAAGGCAACAGUUGUAGCACAGGCCUGAACAAUGCUAUUUUUACCUGCUGAGAAACAGAAUUCAAACAACAACCAGGGGUUGACCUAAUGAUACAACUUGACACUCCAACUGCUUCUUUGAGAUUUAUCAUUUGAAUUUGAUAUUUAAAAAAAAAAAAUUAUCAGUUGUUAUGUUAUACAGCAAGAGAUUGUGGUGCUUUUAGCUGAUGUCAGGAAGUGUUGGGAGGAAGAACUCUUUUCGAGUUUUCAUUAAAAUAUACAUGUAACCUAAAGUAAUGUACAAGAACUUACCUUCAAGUACUGUUUUCAAGGUGUGCCCAUAUGUACUUAUGGUGAGUAUGAUCAUAAAAAAUGCCAGUUUUGGACAGGACUGGGGUGGUUGUAAAUGGUAAGCUUAGAACAGUUUACAUGUGAGUUUUCUAGGUUUUAGACUAUCUGACUGAAAGUCAAACGACUUCCAGUCAUGGCUCAUUCUGUUUUAUGUCUAUGAAUACAUUUAUAGAUGUCUAUCAAGUUCAUAUAUACCAUAUCAUAACAUCAUAGGUUUUUUUCGCCAGGUUUGUUUUUGAACCAGCACCAUUGUUUGGCUUUCAUGUAUUCGAGUUUUUCUAAUGUUACUGCCUUUUAGUCAACUAUGAAACUAAAGGGUCUGUGGAGCUGAAACUGUGAAUGUCUUGGAAUUGUUUUGUCACAAUUUUGGUGCAUUAGAGAGUGUUGUAAUACAACUCCUUGGAUGUGGCUAACUGGAUUGGGUAAUCAGGGGUUGAAAUAACCCAUUGCCCAGUCCAGUGUUUUUUUCUGUCGGGCAAGCAAAUAUGUAUAUCACACUGUACCGGUGUCCAGUUGAUAUUCCAAUGUUAAUUAUGUUGUUUAUUUAAAAAAUCAACAAGAAAACGGCCUGUAUAGUGGAAAAAUUAUCAGGGCAAGUGAUUUUACAUGUGCCACUGUACCGGAGUACACUAGCAAUUUUAAAGUUAUUUCCACCCCUGGUAAUGAAGUUCGCAGAUUGGUUGAUACAGGUCAUCUUCUACCAUAUAGUGUAGUCAUGCAAACAAGCAAGUAUUUUGGAAAAUGUUUUGACUAUGACUUAUUGUUUUGUUAAUUAGUUACAGAAGACUACAGUAACAUAGGGUCCAAGUACUAGCUAGAGUGUGGCAUUCAUUCUGAUGUUUAUUAAUAUGUUGAGAGAUGUACUAUCAUGUUGAGACUGUAUUGAGACAUAGUUAGCUGAAUAGUGCAUUUUUGAAUAGUUUGAACUGAAACUAAAUACACCUGCUCAAAUGUUUUACAAUUUUGGCGUCAGGAUGUCUGUUUAGGGAACUGUUUCAUAAAUAAUUUGUAGGAAUUCAUCAAUGAAGUUCAUUUCUGUUGAAGAUUAGCUCAUUAGAAAGUGAAAUUUCUUCCUUCAUACUAAACCCUGUCACCUUGUCAAACUCAAUACAAAAAGACUGAAACCAUAUCACUUAUUAUCCCCUAAGUUGAAAAACUGGUAAUAUAGCGAUCAGUCAGUCUGUCCGGUGUGUUUCCCAGAGCAGAACUCCUUCGCUGUUAGACAGCUCUUGAUGAGACUUGUUAUACAGAUCAGUCUGUUAUGAGCUGGUGCUUUUUGAUGAUUUCAGAUUAAAAAAUAUUAAUUUAUGUUUUCAUGACAGUAUGUUACUCCCAAGUCAUUAAAUAUUUCUGGAUGAAACUAGAUCAGUAUAAUGGUGUAAUGAAUCCACUGGACCCGGAGGGAAAAUGGAAACUCUUAAUCACCCUUGUUUCUAUGUCUGAAGUCUCUGUCAUGUUGGAUUGUCAAAAUAGUAAACCAUAAUUUGUU